UAAACACACUUUUAUUCAGAUCAACCUGACCUGGCAUCUCUCCUCUGUAAUGUUUGAGGGAAUGAGUGAGAGAAAGAGAACAAGCAGAGCUAAAGAACUAAAUAAGCUUUCUUUUAAACCAAUUGCUCUGAGGAGAAAGACUUUGAAGACGGCACUAUGAGAGUAUGCAUGCGCCGGCGUUCACGGACUUUGCGCGCAUGGUUGGUAGUUUUCUUCCUGAGUCUGCACUUUCUUUUGGUUUUGCUAAUGGUGACCAUAUACCACGCUCCCUGCGAGUUGCGUUCAUACCCUGACAUCCACUCAUCUAUAAGCCUCUCCAAACACAAUGCAUCAGUGAGUACCGCGGCCACUGCAGGAAGUGACAUCACCGAGAAGGGAACAAGAGGUGCAGCAGCAGACCGUGCCAAACUGGAGGCUCUGUUUUCUCACCCGUUGUACAAUUUGCCCACUCCACCGGUUCCUGAUGGUGACCGGCUGUUGAAGGUUCGGACGAAAACAAAUGAGGAAGUACAGCAUAGCACGCAGCAGUGGCUGAGUGCCAAUGAAGACGGUUACGAUCCUGUCCAGUGGAACGCCAGCACAGAGACGCAUCCACCCUGGUUACGCUUUCACCUUGGUAUAUCACGCUGGCAGAUGUAUGGACACAAAGACCCCAACCUGCCAGUGCUGAUUAAGCAACUGGCAACCCACCGCAUCGUGAGUGCAGUGCAGAAAUCUGGCGGGACGCAGGUGAAGUUGGUGAUGUCAUUUCCUAAUUAUGGACAGGCGCUCUUCAAACCCAUGAAACAGGAACGACAUGAAGAGACCAAUGUGAAUCUGUAUUACUUCUCUGACUUUGAAAGACACAACGCAGAGAUCGCAGCAUUCCACCUUGACAGGAUACUGGGUUUCAGAAGGAUGCCGCCAGUGGUUGGUAGGCUUGUGAAUGUAAUAAAAGAGAUCAAAGACGUCACCACAGACCAUAAACUGGCCACAACAUUUUUCACUUCCCCAGUAGGGAAUUCUUGUUUUUAUGGCCAAUGUUCGUAUUACUGUUCCACGGAGCAUGCAAUUUGUGGACGUCCCCGUAUAAUCGAGGGGUCUAUGGCUACUAUGUUGCCAGACAUGUCUUUGGCACCACGCAGAUCGUGGCGGAGUCCGUGGAGACGCUCUUAUAGCCGAAGCAAGCUGGCAGUAUGGGAGACAGACCCAGACUAUUGCGAUUCAGUGAAAACAUCUCCUCCCUAUGAUCGAGGCACGCGAUUGGUGGAUCUGAUAGACAUGAGCAUUCUGGACUUUCUCAUGAGUAACAUGGAUAGGCACCACUACGAAACCUUUGAGAAGUUUGACAAUGACACGUUUAUCAUACACUUAGACAACGGAAGAGCGUUUGGACGCUAUUCUAAAGAUGAACCGUCUAUACUGGCUCCCCUUGUGCAGUGCUGCAGAGUUCGUCGUUCCACCUUGCUUCGUUUACGUCUGCUCUCUCUCCCCGAGUAUCGCUUGAGUGAUGUCAUGCGCGCCUCUUUGUCUCAGGACCCCCUUACGACCGUGGCCCCCCUCCUCACUGAGCUACAUCUGUCCGCUCUGGAUCGCCGCUUAGCAACAGUAAUCCAAAGCAUCCAGGAGUGUUUGCAGCAGCAUCUGUUGCACAGUGACGUCAUAUAUGAUGACAUCACCGAUUACAGUGGCUAAAAUGUGACUGGCCAGUCGAAUAUUGGAUUUAUAUCUGAGACUGUGAUGUCAUAUACUGUAUACUGUACACAUUAAUUUAUUGAAACACAGGAUAAAUGAACAUUAGAUGCAAUAAUUUGCAUAACCCUAACUUAAAAAAAGAUCUUUUGUAUAGGACUUGAUGUUGAUAUGAUUAACAAAAUAUAAGAAUGAGGACCAUGUCUCUAAACCUAAACAUGAUUUGCAAAAGAUGGAUCAACUGAAUCAAUUGUUAGGGUAGCCAAUCAGCUUUAACCAAAUGCAGAACAUAUUGUCAGAAAGUUUAUUUCUUGCCCCUCCAAACCGAUCUGUGUCUUGCCUUUUAUGAUUUGUGUAUGCAUUUGGACUCUUAUUUUGAAAUAUUCAUUGACUUUUAGUUUGUAUUAGUUUCUGUUGUUCCUUAGGUUCACUUUUCCUGUUUGCCUCUCUCUGUAGUUACUGAUGAUCAGCCAUCAGCUGUUUCUAGUUCAGUUCAUUCACAUUGUGUGUAAAAAAGCACACUUACUGUCAUAGUGUUAUCCUCACCUUCAACACUAAAACCUUUAAAUACA